AGGUGUUAUCAGGUGGUGACAUGUUGUCAUGUAAAUGCCUUGUUUUUAUUAUCAUAAAGCAUGGGUAACAGCACUUCAUCCAAUCAAUAAGUAGAAAUUCAUAGAUUCACAUCUUACCUACAUUAUUCUUACAUAUGAAUAUAUCAAUAGCAUGUUAUUAUUCAAUCAGUAUUUUGUUUACUAAAGUGCUAAGAUCAUGGGCCAGGCUCCAUCUGAAAUCCUUGAUGUUUUCAAAUGCUCUUCUCAGGGAGAAGAAUCGAGAAAAUGUGAAAAUUGCAACUCUGAUCCAAAACCUGCCAUAAAGCAAUGUGCCAAUUGUGAAAUGAGGUUUUGCAGACGUUGUAGACGAGCACAUGACUUGUUGAAAGAGAAUCGAUCACACAGCUGGCUGGAUUUAUCCCAUUCUGAAUGCACUAACCCUGAUGAAUUAAGUGUAGUUAAUCCCGCAUUUAUACCAGAACCAGAUGAUACAAUUCUAAUGGCACAAGAUGAAAUGCGUUCAUGUGCUACACACAGAGAUAAACUUUUAGAAUAUUACUGUGUGGACGAUGCAACACCAAUUUGUGAAGCGUGCUGCAAUACAGACCAUAGUUCACACGGAAGAGUAACCAUGAAAGAAAAGUCAGAUGAUGUGAAAAACUUGACAAUAGAACUGAACAUUCUCGGAGAAAACAGAAUUGAGAAAUGUGAUGUCAUUAUCGAGAAGUUUAAACAAAGUAUUGAAAAGUUUAACAAGGAAAAGGAAAGCAUUGAAAAUGAAAUGUGCCAGAUAGAAAAGAUUUGUAAAUCCAAUGAUCGUGUGAAGGUUAUUGAGCUUAUCCCAGAAAUACUUGAAAAGGAGAAAGAAUGGUCAGAUAACAGUGAUAUAAACGAUGGCUUUGGAUUGCCUGAAGGUGUGGUGAUAAAUGAAUCACAAACUGAAAACGACUUGAACGACAUAGACAAUACAAGUCUAGCAAGUUCUGCUUAUGACGAGUCGAUAUAUGCAAAUGUACCACAAAAAGUUUCACAAGUUUCCAAAGUUCCCGCGUUGCCUCCCAAGAAAACUGAUACCGCCCCUAGUAGACCUCCAAAAAGAUCAAAACAAGAAGUCCGAGAUUCGCAAGUCACAUCUGCAGUUAUGGAAACUGCCCUUGAAAAACGAAAACCAGCUAAACCUGAUAUGCAGAUAAGUGGCAUAUCUGAGGCAAAUGAAGAUGAUCAAAAUCAAGAGAGAGAAGAUACAGCAACUCUGAGUGGACCACUAAGACCUCUUAAUGCUGCAGACCAGAAUCAAGAGUCAUAUGAUUACAUAACAGUAGAUUUGGAAGCAGAUUUCAAGGAACCAAAACCGUUGAACUAGAGAUACCAAUUAAACUUCCAAAUGAUGCAAAACAAGAUUGAAAUAGUUAAGAAUCAAAAGAUAUAUUUACAGAUUUGGAGGCAGAUAUAAAGGAACCAAUUACUCCAGUACCAGUUAAACGACCUAUGAAACAAUUGAUGAACACUCAAAAACACUCAAAAGUGUCCUGUGUGCAGAUUUUAAUGGUGGCCAUUUGAAUACAGCUAUAAAGAGCGUUGAACCAGA